AAGUGGUAAGCAUGGCUCGCACAGGUACUAUGUACAAAGGCUCACCGGAGUUGGCACUGAGACCUAUAGGCCAUCGUCUCAAUGCCGUCCAACCAGCGCAGCCCCUACUGAUGGACGAGUUUGAUCCUGCCUCUUGCGGUGAAAUCUCCGGGUCCAAUAGGCUUGCUGUCAGCCUUUGGAUGGUGGAUUAUGUGCUGCAGAUGGCAAGUGUCGGCUACUUGGGUGUGUACCUGCGCACGCACAAGCUGGGUGUAUUGUACAACCUGCUCAAGCUGCUGGUGGGUGUCGCGGGCAGUGCGAGUGUGGCUAGCGCAAACAUGAAUACGAAUUUCUAUGCGGUGCUCACUGUAGUGGGGGCACCCGUGAGCGCGAAUGGGAGCCGUAUCCUUAACCUUGACAUAGACAGCUUGCAAAGCAACUACAGUGCCGUGCAUGUGGCUGCACCAUUCAUGACCAGGCAAUGGCGCAUGUGCGUGCGCUCGUACUUUUCAACUACAUGAACGUGUCUGCCACCGGCACUGACUUUGUGUUGUCUGCGGCACUCUUCCCUGGAGUACCGCAGUCCAGCGCUGUCCUCGUGCGCUACUUCAGCGUGCCACAUCCAGCUGUGUGCCCAAGGUGAUACAUACUAAUGUAAUGUUUGCCCAUGCUCAUUCAAGUGGUAGUACAAGACAUUCUGUGUAAAUACAGCUCUGUAAAAUAGUCAAUAUGCCAUUCAAUAUUAAUGCUCUGAUGA